GUGGGCUCCUGAAUGACAUCGGCACCAACAGGAUGAGUAUACCAUUACCCUUAUUCUCUUGCCUCCUCAGUCAAGUAAUAUGGAUAUAAAUGAGAGAGAGAGAGAAAGCUGUGCUGUACAAAAGUCACUGUAUAAAAGACUGAAUUUAAGGCUAGCCAUGGGCACUGGUGUGGAUAGGUUUCUGUGGACAGUGCUGCUGCUGCUGCCAGUCUUUGGAAUCUCAGUGGCUCUGCCAGAUAGCUGGCUGCCUGGGGAAUAUGCAAACAACAUGGCUGAUGCGUUAAGGUUCCUCAGCAACUACAACAGCACUGCUGAGGAGGUGUUAUCCUUCAGCGUCUCUGCCAGCUGGAACUACAACACCAACAUAACGGACCACAACUCCGAGCUUCAGGUAAAUGCAUCCCUUGAAGAGCAGGCCUUCUCUGCAGCAUGGGGGUCAAAGGCCAAGCAGGUCUUCUCUCUUGAGAUUCUUGACUCUCUCCCUGACCCUAAAGACAAGAAACUCAUGAACAAGAUCAUGAUACUGGGAGCUGCCAACCUACCCCAGAAAGAAAGAGAGGAGUACAACAAAAUUCUCAGCACCAUGGACAACAUUUAUUCAACAUCCAAAGUUAGUCCACAGCCAAACAUAAGCUGGAGCCUGGAACCUCAUCUCACAGACAUCAUGGCCAACUCCAGCAGCUACAAGAGGCUGCUGUACGUGUGGGAGGCCUGGCACAAUGAAUCAGGUGUACCUCUCAAGGAGUACUACCCCAGGUUUGUGGAGCUCAGCAACAAAGCCUCUCGAGCUGAUGGAUUUGCGGACACUGGUGCUUACUGGCGCUCUUGGUAUGAGACUGAGACCUUUGAGCAGGAUGUAGAGGAUCUCUACAGGACCAUUGAACCCCUCUACAAGAACCUGCAUGCUUUUGUGCGCCGCCAGCUCUACAAACAGUACGGUCCCAAAUAUAUCAACCUCAAAGGACCCAUUCCUGCCCACCUGCUAGGAAAUAUGUGGGCCCAGACAUGGAACAAUAUUUAUGGUAUGAUGAUCCCAUUUCCUGACAAACCCAACAUGGAUGUGACUGAUGAAAUGGUCAAACAAGGCUAUAACGCCACGCACAUGUUUCGUGUGGCCGAGGAGUUCUUCACGUCUCUGGGUUUAGAGGAGAUGCCUGAGGAGUUCUGGAAUGGAUCCAUGCUGGUGAAGCCUGAUGGUCGAGAGGUGGUGUGCCAUGCGUCUGCCUGGGACUUUUACAAUCGCAAAGACUUCAGGAUCAAGCAGUGCACGACAGUAAAGAUGGAGCAGCUCUUUACUGUACACCAUGAGAUGGGGCACAUUCAGUAUUACCUGCAGUACAAAGACCAGCCUGUGGGCUUCCGUCGCGGAGCCAACCCCGGUUUCCACGAGGCGAUUGGCGAUGUUUUGUCUCUCUCCGUUUCCACACCAAAACAUCUAAAAACCAUUAAUCUGCUGGAAACUGUGACCUCUGACAUUGAAACUGACACCAACUACCUGUUGAAGAUGGCUCUGGAGAAGAUAGCCUUCCUUCCCUUUGGCUACCUCAUCGAUCAGUGGAGAUGGGGUGUGUUCAAUGGACACACACCUCCAGAGCGCUACAACUCUGACUGGUGGUACCUCAGAACAAAGUAUCAAGGCAUCUGCCCACCCACCAGGCGUACAGAGGAGCACUUUGAUCCUGGGGCAAAAUACCACAUCCCUGGAAACACGCCAUACAUCAGAUAUUUUGUCAGCUUCAUCCUGCAAUUCCAGCUUCAUGAAAAACUGUGUGAGGCGGCCAACCACAUGGGUCCCUUGCACACAUGUGACAUCUACCGCUCCCCAAAAGCAGGGGCCAUUUUAAAGAAUAUUCUUCAGGCUGGCUCUUCCAGACCGUGGCCUGAGGUGCUCCAGGAAGCUAUAGGCACCAAUAAGUUGGAUGCCAACUCACUGAUGAAAUAUUUUGACCCCAUUAUUAAAUGGCUGGAAAAGCAAAAUGUGAAUGAGACCCUAGGAUGGCCUGACUUCAGCUGGGUCCCACCAAUCCCUGAGGGCUACCCUGAGGAUAUUGACAAGAUUACAGAUGAGCUUGAUGCAAAGAAAUUUCUGGAUGAGUACAACAGUACAGCUGAGGGGGUGUGGAACGCCUACACGGAGGCCUCCUGGAAGUACAACACCGACAUCAAUGAAGCCAAUAAGAAGGCGAUGCUUGAGAAGAACCUGGAGAUGUCAGCCCACACCCUGAAGUAUGGACAGAAGGCCCGUCAGUACGACACCACUGACUUCCAGGACGGCUCGGUCAAACGAAUCAUCAAAAAACUCAGCGACAUUGAGAGGGCUGCACUGCCCGCGGCGCAACUGGAAGAGUACAACACUCUGCUAUCCAACAUGGAGACCAAGUACAGUGUGGCUGAGGUCUGCAGAGAUAAUGGGACAUGCCAUCCCCUGGAUCCAGAUCUCCAGAAGAUCAUUGCAGAGUCCAGGGAUUAUGACGAAUUGUUGUUUGCCUGGAAAGGAUGGAGAGAUGCUGCUGGCAAAGUACUUCGCAAGGAUUACACUAGAUAUGUUGAACUGGCCAACAAAGCCGCCACACUCAAUGGUCACUCUGACAAUGGGGCUUUCUGGCGCUCCCUGUACGAAACCCCCACCUUUGAGGAAGACCUGGAGGCUCUGUGGAAGGAGCUGGAGCCACUCUAUCAGAAUGUGCAUGCCUAUGUUCGCAGAGCUCUAUACAAAAAGUACGGCUCCAAGUACAUCAACCUGAAGGGACCCAUUCCUGCACAUUUGCUGGGCAACAUGUGGGCACAGACGUGGUCUGGCAUAAUGGAUCUGGUCAUGCCCUACCCAGAUGCCACGCAGGUUGAUGCCACUCCAGCUAUGGUGGCACAGGGCUGGAACGCAACCAGAAUGUUCCAGGAAUCCGACAGGUUCUUCUCUUCACUGGGUCUGCUGCCAAUGCCAAAAGAGUUCUGGGACAAAUCCAUGCUGGAGAAGCCGUCUGACGGACGCCAGGUGGUGUGCCACGCCUCUGCAUGGGACUUCUAUAACCGAAAAGACUUCAGGAUCAAACAGUGCACUGUUGUGACUAUGGAUGACCUGAUCACGGCGCACCAUGAGAUGGGCCACGUCCAGUACUUCCUGCAGUACAAAGACCAGCCUGUAUCCUUCCGCGAUGGAGCCAACCCUGGCUUCCACGAGGCCAUCGGCGAUGUGCUAGCCCUGUCAGUGUCCACGCCCAAACAUCUGCAGAGCAUCGGUCUCCUGGACAAAGUUGUUGACGACCAUAAUGGUGAUAUCAACUUCCUGAUGAGCAUGGCACUUGAUAAGAUUGCUUUCCUACCAUUCGGCUACCUGAUGGAUCAGUGGAGAUGGAAAGUAUUUGACGGACGCAUCCCACCAACUGAGUACAAUAAAGAAUGGUGGAACCUCAGAUUGAAGUACCAGGGACUGUGUCCACCUGUAGCCCGUACUGAGGAUGACUUUGACCCAGGUGCAAAGUUUCACAUCCCUGCUAACGUGCCCUAUGUGAGGUACUUCGUUAGCUUCAUCAUCCAGUUUCAGUUCCACAAGGCUCUGUGUGAUGCUGCCAAGCAUGUUGGGCCUCUACAUACCUGCGAUAUCUACAAAUCGGAAGAAGCUGGGAAACUGCUGGGUGAUGUGAUGAAGCUUGGCUUCAGUAAGCCCUGGCCCGAGGCUAUGGCCAUGAUCACAGGCCAGCCCAAAAUGAGUGCCCAGCCACUCAUGCAGUAUUUCCAACCUCUCAUUCAAUGGCUGGAUGCAGAGAACAAGAAGAACAAUGAUAUUCUCGGGUGGCCCGAGUAUGACUGGAAACCUUACACUUCAAGUGAAAUUAAGCCUAGUAAAGUGGACUUCCUGGGUAUAAGCGUGGAUGACUCAGCUGCCAUAGCUGGCCAGUGGGUCCUGUUGGUCGUGGGUCUGGUCCUCUUGGUGGCCACCAUCCUAUUGGCCUACAAGUAUAGGAGGUCAAAAAAGCCUGAAAAGUCCUUAUCCACGAUGGAACUCAAGCAAAAGGACUAGAUAUCUGUGACGGCUAAAGGGCUGAAGUGAGGCCUGACUUACUGUAGCUAGCAGAGUGCCAACCUCAAUGUGAACAUCUGUGUUUUUAUGUACUGUUCAGUACAUCUGAUGAAUUUUGCUUUUCUUUUUGGUCUGCCUCCUUAUCUAGUCUUGUAUAUUUGUAUACAUUUUUAGUCAAAUUAUUUUUUGCCUAUGCAAAAGGACACUUUUGUAAUUUAUUUGCAAUAUUUGAAUGUUUAGGGAGGGAAAUGUUUUAAAUGAAUGUUUGUAAAGUCUUUAAUUGUGUUAGAAUUUUUGAAUAUUUGAUUUUAAUUAUUAUUACUUUUUAAUUCUCUGCAUUUCUACAAUAAAGACAUUACAUAUUUA